AUGGCUCAGGUGUGUAUAGCAUAUGCCCAUCUUUCUGCAUGUUCUGCGGCUCAUCGUGCUCUCAGGGUAUCUGCUCUCCACACCCUUGCCUCCCACUCCCGAUUCUUCCUCAACCUCCGCUCGCAAGAAAGCACCUACCACUCCCUCAUCCUCUUCCGCCUCUCUCCCGCGCACCUCCCCGAAUCCGACACGGACACCCCCGCGAACCUCCGGGACCAGCUCUACGUGAUGGAGGCGAACUGCCCGCACCUCGGCGCGGACAUGUCGCACGCGGAGAUCGAGGAGUGCGACACGGGCGUCGUCGCUGUUUGCCCGUGGCACAGGUACGACUUCGACCUGAAGACGGGCCAUAGCGAGAUGGGCUUGAAGGCUUGCACCUACGCGACGGACGUGCGGACGGCGGACGACGGAGGGGAGCACCUGUGGGUCGAGACUCCGGAGGGAGGGAGCGGGUGGCGGCUGGUGGAGUUUCGGCCGGUGUCUGAAGAAUUCGCGGAUCCACCCCCGCCACCACCCGACCUUUCUCAUCUGGCUGCUCCCUCCGCGGUUCCGAAGGAGCCUGAACCUUUGGUGCCGCUGGAGGACGCACCGACGACACUUGUUCAAUGGGCGGUGCUCAUCCUGAACACGGCCGACCCCAUGCUUAAGGUGCAACGGACAAGACAUGCCGUGCAGCUGUUCCGCACUGGGAAGCUCAAAAGCAUCGGACACCGGUCCUCAAAAGCUCCUCGACCGCCUGAAGUACCACCACGAGAGGAGCUGUAUACGCAGAAUCAAGUGGAUUCCGUGAAGAUGUCGCGCAAGCGGAACAAGGCGAUCAUGUUGCACGCGUUGGCGAACAUCGAGCAGUGGGCAUCCUCAUAUGCCAACAGUUGGGACAUCAUCGCACGCUACGGCCCCUCGCAUCCCGACCUCCCGCCCGCGUUCUUCGCCGACUUCACGAAGAUGGCGCUGGACGAGUCCAAGCACUUCUCCCUCCUCACCGCACGCCUCGCCGCGCUCUCACCCACCACUCCAUACGGUUCGCUCCCGGUGCACGCCGGGCUCUGGGAGUCCGCACAAGUCACGUUCCCGUCCCUCCGCGCGCGCCUCGCGAUUAUCCACCUGGUCCACGAGGCGCGCGGGCUGGACGUGAACCCGAACACGAUCGACAAGUUCCGGCGCGCGGGCGACUGGGACACGGUCAAGGUGCUCGAGACGAUCCACCACGACGAGGUGACGCACGUCACCACCGGCCAUCGGUGGUUCACAUGGGUGUGCGCGAAGCAGGGCGUGGAACCGGUCGAGACGUUCAGAGAGGAGGUGCGGAGGGGGUGGAGAGGCGACUUGAAGGGGCCGUUCAACGCCGAAGACCGGGAGAAGGCGGGACUGACCCCAGACUUUUACGAGAACCUGAAGGGGGAGAUGCAAGGCACGCUGUACGGACAGGGGAGGGGCCAGCAGGCGGAUGUUGCGGUGGGGUACGAGGGUGCAGGGCGGUAA